AUGAAAUCUAAGGACUCUUUAUUUUCAAAAGAGAUUGAGAACAAAUUUGAGCACUUAAAAUAGCAUAAUUAAUUAGAAAUUUAAGAAUCCUUAAAUAUUUUACAAGACGAAAAUAGUAUGCAAGUAAUUACAUUAUUAGUAUAAUAAAUUCAAGGAUGCACAAAAGGAAAUCAAGAAUAAUUGAUAGUAAAACAAGAAUUAGAAGAAAUAUUAAAUUCUUCUAAGCAAAUUUAUUUUUGGAAGGGGUUAUUUAAUCAAACAAUUCAAAAAUUUUAAGAACACCUUGCAAAAAUCAAUAAUACUAAAGAUAUUAUGAAAUAAAUUCCAGAUCAUUAAAAUCUUACUAGCCUUUAAUAAUGGCUUCAAAAUUAUUCUGAUAAAUUUUAAAAAGUUUUUCAUUAAAUGAAGAAAUUUUGCGAAAUUCAAAAUUUAGAAAAAAAGUACCAUAAUUUACAUUUAGACUAUGAGUAAUUAGAAUACGAAAGCAAUAAGAUGAUUUAAGAUUAGAACAAAAAUAUAGAUUAGCUUAAAGAAUUUGAAAAGGACAUUUAAUUAAAACUAAAAUGUAAGCUGAUGACAAUCAAUUUUUAAAUAAUAAGCUGA